AUGUUGAUGGUUGAAAAAGAUAAUGAAGAAUUAUAUAACAAGAUUAUGGAGUAUGUGAGUGUCUUGGUUGGAUUGGUUUGGGAUUUGUCAGCUCCGAUGGUUGAUGAUAAGGAACAAGAGACCAAACAGGAGGAGAAAUCAAAGAAAUCAUCAUCUGGAAACAGAGCAUCUUCAAGUGGAGGUGCUGGAGUUAUGGUUCGUGAGGAAGAGGAAGAGGAGGAGGAAGAAGUGAAAGUUGAUUCCAAGACACUUCCAAUGUUAAGCAAGUUGCAGUUCAUUUCUGUAUAUAAUUGGUGGCAUAAUUCCAUCAAGGUGGAAAGCAAUGAUGCCCUAUAUGAAAUGCUAAUGAUGCUCAGUACUGCCAGUGUUUCUUUGUUAAACUUUGCAAAUGAAAGAAUGGUAUUUGACAAAAAGCAAGCACUUCAAUUAAUUUUGAGGUCAGCUUCAUUGUGGAAGUUUUGUGCUGAAAAUGUUGCAGUUCAAUUCAAGACAAAUUAUGGUGGAAUGAAAUUUACUCAGAGUAACUCUGUCGACAUGUGCAAUAUGAUGUAUUGCAUUACAAGAGCCCAAGCUCAGGAGCUGGCCAUUAGAAUUGCUCUAGAAAAAGAGUUGACAUCUCUGGAGUCUAUUGCCAAACUCUCAAUGUUUGUCCACGAAAAGUAUAAGGAGGCUAUGAAAUAUGUCAAGUCAGAGGAGCCAAAGCUCAAAGUCCAUUUAUUACUUAAGGUUUCAUUUUACAAUAUUCUUUCUCAUGUAUAUUCAGCAUUUGAUUAUAACAAGAAUGAUGAAAAUGGAAAGGCCAUGAAAUUAAUGGAGGAGGCCUCCAAGCUUUUUGAAAAUUCAAAGAGUAUUUACAAAGAAUAUUCUAAAAUGUUAUUCACUCAAUUUGACAAGGCAAGUUUGGAAAAUGAAUAUAAAUUAGUGGAAUCAGAAAUUCAAAGAUUUACCGAGAAGUAUUCACGUGAGAAUUCUCUCGUGUACCAUCAAUCUAUGCCAUCAGAGGUUCCUGAUCUCCUUCCAGCUAAAGAAGUUGGAGCAGUGAAAGAAUUUGAAAUCCCAGAACCUCACGAAAUAUGGAAAGAUGCAGAGGCUGUAUAUAAGAAAUUCGAGCUAAAGGAUUUGGAUCUGAAACAAUUAGUUUCAGAACAAAAUACCGAAAUUACUCCACAAAUACAACCUGUAGAGGAUGGAAACUUUACACACGACUUUGAAAUUGUGGAGCAUGUUCAAGUUCCAGAAAAAUUCUUGAAAAAUGCAAACCAACCAAAGAAGAGAAAGAGGAAUGACGAAGAUACUACAGAUGGCCCUUCUCUAUGUAUAAUUUUGUAA